GUUCUUCUUCUUCUUCGUCAGUCGUCGUCGUUCUCCUUCCAUCUGCGCUGCGAUCUCUCUCUCUCUCUCUCUCUUCUCUGAGAUAAUGUUGACGGAAACACCGUUUAGGCCAAGAGAGAAGCUUGUGGAGAAGCAGAGGUUGUUCCAGAGCAUCCAGAGGCACACUUACCUUAAAGGACCAAUGGACAAGGUCACAUCCGUUGCCAUUCCUCUUGCCUUGGCUGCAUCUUCUCUCUACAUGAUUGGAACAGGAAUCUACAACAUGUCCAACGGAAUCGGGAAGAAGGAAUAAUCAAAGCAGCUUCUUCUUUUUUUUUCCCCCUCUUUUCAUUUAAUUAUAAUGCUUUUGGAGGGUUCUCUCUAUGGAUCCAGUAGCUGCUGCUGCCAUAUCAGACUAAUGGUUGUUGCAGCUGUGUUAUAUUCCCGUUUUGCCAAAUAAUAAUUUGCAGACAAUUUCGAAAGCUGAAACAUGUUUUGAUGAGUAUUUGCUAAUGACAAAUUGAA